GUCAUUACAGCUGCUGCCCACUAGAGGUCAGUGUAGUUCUUCUAAAAACCUUCAUAAGUUUUUCAUCAUGGUUUAUGUUACUCCUUUUUAACUUUUUUUACAUACCUGAAUUUUUUUUAUGACUCGAAAUACUUACUUUAAAAAGGAAUGAGCAUCAAGCACUAUUUUAUUUUGUUCACUAUUUUAUAUGACGGUGCUCCGCCCUGCUGCUCUCCAUCUCCACAGGGUUAAACACAGAACUUCCUCCACCCACCGAUUAACUGGAUGAAUAUGCAGCUGCAGGCGGAGAGUAGAUGGGCGGCUUUUAGACAUUUGACUCUAUUUGGACUUUUUGAAUUACAGAUGUUUUUUUUCCUCCUGUUAUUCCUUCCUUGUGUUGCUCACACCACAGCAGCUCAGUGGCAGGCUGCAUCCUCUCAGCAGGAUGGGAGCUUUCCAGGCACAGAGACUGUUAUGCAUGUGCAGUUUGAUUCUUGCAGGGACAGCAGCAGCAAGCGGCUCCAACGUGUGCACCUCCAGAGGAGCCAGCACGUGUAAACAGUGUCUGGCCGUGCACCCCAGCUGUGCCUGGUGCGUCCAAGAGGACUUCUCUGGCUCAUCUCGCUGUGAUCUAAAGAAAAACCUGCUGGCAGCCGGUUGUGCUUCGCCAUCUCUGGAGUCUCCGACCAGCAAACUACAGGUGAUAGAGGACCGGCCGCUUAGCAACAAGGCAGCAGGCGCCACACAAGAUGUUACCCAGAUAAAACCCCAAAAGCUGCACAUCACUCUCAGGCCAGAUGAUGCCAAGCGCUUCACGGUGAAGGUGCGCCAGGUGGAAGACUACCCCGUUGACCUGUACUACCUCAUGGAUCUUUCCUACUCCAUGAACGAUGACUUGUUCCGACUAAGGACGCUGGGCAGAGGCCUGGCUGAGGCCAUGAGCCGCACAACCAGCAACCUACGCAUGGGCUUCGGUGCCUUUGUGGACAAGCCGCUCUCCCCUUACAUGUACAUCUCACCUAAGGAGGCUGUGAGGAACCCCUGCUACAGCAUUAACACCACCUGUCUGCCUCAGUUUGGCUACAAACACGUUCUGUCUCUGACGGAGGAAGUGGGUCGCUUCACAGAGGAGGUGAAGAAGCAGAUGGUGUCCAGGAACCGAGACGCCCCAGAGGGGGGUUUUGACGCCAUCAUCCAGGCUGCUGUGUGCAAGGAGCAGAUCGGCUGGCGUCCCGGAGCAUCCCACCUCCUGAUUUUCACCUCUGAUGCCAAAACUCACAUGGCUCUGGACGGUCGACUGGCUGGAAUUGUUCAGCCCAAUGACGGCCAGUGCCACCUCAACUCAGAAAAUAUGUACAGAAUGUCCACCACCAUGGACUACCCAUCUCUGGCUCUGAUCACAGAGAAGAUGUCGGAGAACAACAUCAACCUGAUCUUUGCUGUCACCAACUCUGUGGUUCCCCUCUACCAGAACUACAGUGAGCUGAUACCUGGCACCACAGUGGGGCGGCUGUCCAACGACUCUGGAAAUGUUAUUCAACUUAUCCUAAAAGCCUACGCUAAAAUCCGGUCGAAGGUGGAGCUGGAGCUUCUCGGUGUCCCUGAGGAGCUGUCUUUGUCCUUUAACGCCACCUGCCUGAAUGGCGAGCUCAUCCCAGGCCUCAAAUCCUGCUCUGGGCUCAAAAUAGGGGACACGGUCUCCUUCAGUGUGGAGGCGCGUGCUCGUGGUUGCCCCAAACAAAAGAAGAAAACCUUCGUCAUAAAACCAGUUGGCUUCAAAGACUCUCUCUCUAUUACUGUCACAUUUGAGUGUGACUGCAAGUGUCAGACCAAAACCCAGCUGAACAGUCCCAAAUGUAGCCAUGGCAACGGCACCUAUGAGUGUGGGAUCUGUCUGUGCCACCCGGAUCGGUUGGGCCCGUACUGCGAGUGUGCAGAGGGUGACUAUAAUCCCACCGAGCAGGACCGCUGCAGUGGACCCGCAGGAGCUGGAGGAUCCCAGUCUGCCAUCUGCAGCGGCCGUGGGGACUGUGUGUGUGGCCAGUGUGUGUGUCACAGCAGUGACUUUGGAAAGGUGUGGGGCAAGCUGUGUGAGUGUGAUGACUUCAAUUGCCUGCACUACAAAGGAGAACUGUGCUCAGGUCACGGUGUUUGUAACUGUGGCUUCUGUCAGUGUGCACCAGACUGGCAGGGUGAGAACUGUAACUGCUCCAAACGGACCGACACCUGCAUGUCCAGCCUGGGCCUCCUGUGCAGCGGCAGAGGCCAGUGUGUUUGUGGGGUGUGUGAGUGCACUCAGCUGGGGGCCUAUGGAGCCACAUGUGACAAGUGCCCCACCUGUCCGGAUGCCUGCACCAUGAAGAAGGAGUGCGUGGAGUGUAAACACUUCAAGAGGGGCAAGCUGUAUAGCGAGAACAUCUGCGGUCGGAUCUGUAAGGAUGAGAUUCUGCUUGUGGAUGAACUAGUACUCCAUGACACAAACGCAGUGAACUGCUCUUACAAGGAUGAAAAUGACUGUGUGGUGCGUUUCCAGUACUAUGAGGACGCCAGUGGCAAAUCCAUCCUUUUUGUUAUCAAAGAGCCGGACUGUCCGAAGGGGCCAGACAUUUUAGUGGUGCUUCUUUCAGUGGCAGGAGCUGUCCUGUUCCUUGGCCUGGCUGCUCUCCUGAUCUGGAAACUGCUGGUCACCAUUCACGACAGACGGGAAUUCGCCAAAUUUGAGGAAGAGCGAGCUCGGGCCAAGUGGGACACGGGACACAACCCUCUUUACAAGGGAGCCACGUCUACCUUCACAAACAUUACCUACAGAGGAAAAGACUGAUGCUAUGCUACUAAACCAAGACGACGAGCAGAGCAGGAAAUAAGGAACUUACCGUCCUUUGGGAGAAUGCCACAAAUCAUGUGCAGGCUUCUACUGUCAAAACAAUAUGAAUGGUGUGUAAAUAUGUAGAAAUGUUUUCCCAUGAAUAUCAGGGUCACUCACCCGUACUACACUUAUAAAGGUUAUUGGUUUGUGUGAUUUGUAAAGAUUUGUUGUGUUGAUCCAGCCAGAAUAAAAACUUGUUUUGUCUAAACAUGAUGAAUACAUCACUGUAAGAUUUGCAACUCUGUUUUAGAGAAUGACAUUUUUACAGAAAUUACCUAUGUGAACGUAUAAAAUAGGUAAAAUAAAUAAUGAUGAGGAGCAGACACAAAA